UUCUGUAUAGUGACUUUUUAUUGUUUUUAAUGAAAUGUGUCUUUAUACAUUUUCUCCUCCAGAUGGUCCAAAGCUUCCCUCUGUGUCAGUGAGUCCCUCUGCUGAGAUAGUGGAGGGCAGUUCAGUGACUCUGACCUGUAGCAGUGAUGCUAACCCAGCAGCUAACUACACCUGGUACAAGGAGAAUGUAGACAAACCUCUCAGUGAAGGACCACAGCUCGUCUUCAGCUCCAUCCAGUCCUCUGACUCUGGACAGUAUUACUGUGCAGCUGAGAACAAGCUGGGGAGGAACACAUCUCAAUACAAAUUUAUUGAUGUGAAAUAUGCUCCAAAGGUUGGUCCCCUGUCUCUGACUCCCACUGGGGAGAUCAGAGAGAACAGUAGAGUGACUCUGACCUGUAGCAGUGAUGCUAACCCAGCAGCUACUUAUACCUGGUACAAGGAUGGUAAACCUCUCUAUAAAAAUACACAGAUUGUCUUCAGCUCCAUCCAGUCCUCUGACUCUGGACGUUAUUACUGUAAAGCUGAGAACAAGUUGGGGAGGAGGACAUCUAAAUCCAUCUUUAUUGAUGUGAAAUAUGGUCCAAAGCUUCCCUCUGUGUCAGUGAGUCCCUCUGCUGAGAUAGUGGAGGGCAGUUCAGUGACUCUGACCUGUAGCAGUGAUGCUAACCCAGCAGCUACUUAUACCUGGUUGAAGAGCAAUGUAAAGCUCAGACCUCCCAUUGAAGAACAACAGCUGGUCCUCACGUCCAUUCAGUCCUCUCACUCUGGACAAUAUACAUGUAGAGCUAGGAACAGCCUGGGGCCUAACACAUCCAAACCCAUUUCUAUUCAAGUGAAAUAUGGUCCAAAGAUUACCUCUGUGUCAGUGAGUCCUUCUGGUGACAUCAUGGAGGGCAGUUCAGUGAAUCUGACCUGUAGCAGUGAUGCUAACCCAGCAGCUAACUACACCUGGUACAAGGAGAAUGAAGAUUCACCAAAAGCAUCAGGGCAGAUCUUCACCAUCACUGAUGUUAGACCUGAACACAGUGGGAAUUAUUACUGUGAAGCCCAGAACAGAAGAGGACGUCAGAACUCCACCUUAAAUCUGAUUGUUGUAGCAGGGAAUUCAACAACAAUAAUGCAUAUCAUCUGGCCGACUGUGGUGGUCCUGAUGCUGAUUGCUCUGCUGCUCCUGAGUCUGUGGGGGGUUGGACUCAAUUCAGGAAGAAGAAAACUCUGA